AUGCUGAUCGUAUUGAUUUAUCUGUUUCUCCUUUCAAUUGAGCUUGCAUUAUCUAAUCAAAAUUUUCCACUCGCUGUCAGAGAUGAUCAGACAGUUUCGAAAGUCAAACAAACUCGAAAUCGUCCUAGUGUACCGCAAUCGUUAACAUUGCUGAUGAAUUUUAAAGAUGAUGGAACGACAUCAUUUCAAAUCAUGCAAGGUACGCAGAUCGUUUAUUUGGAUAAUGGAUUUUGCCAAUACGGGCAACUGUUCGAUCCGUCGACAGGUUAUUGUCGAGAUAUUUAUUGUCAAGAAUUGAAUUAUAAAUUCAACGGAACAACUUGUAUACCCGAUGAACAUAAAAAUUCAUCACAUGUGCCGAAACGAAUGAGCGACAUCGACUUAUCCUUGACACUGAAUAUUUUCCCAAGUAGUCAUUACCAACGGGGGAAUUUUUCUAAACGUUUAAAUAGUCAAAUGAAUGAUAUUUGCACGAGCCAUUGGAAACAAAUGUUUCAUAAUGCUUUACGCAGUUAUCUCGAUAUUGACUAUGAACGUAUUACGAAAAUCAAAUGCCAUUUGCAAGAAGAUGCUAUGGAAUCGGCAGAGAAAACAACUAUAAAACCAAAGGGAAAAGCUUCAGCGCUAACAACUCCGUCAAGUAACACUUUAUAUGAAACAAUUGAACAUGUUUUGAGACAAAACCAAUCUAUUUCUGCCGACUUCUUUUUUUCCAUCAUCGAUAGAGACCAUGGUUCAAACGAUACAUUAACAAGUUUACAUGUCGUCACUCUUCUUUUACUUGCGUCAGAAUUUCAUGCUAUUAUUGAUCUAUGCCAAGAUUACGCGAUUAAAGUGGAAACACUAUCAAUUGUCUCGGAUAAGAAUAGGACUCGAGAUGAAUUUUGUAGCGAUCCUGACGUCAUGUAUCCAACCAAAAAUGGAAUUAUACGUCGACGUAUCCGACCUGACGGCGAGCUUGACUAUGUUGUUGAAAUACCCGAAUUAGAAACGACAUACGAAAGUGGAGACUAUACGUAUCUAUUUAUGGUUUCAACUUUAACACAACCGCAAACAUCAAUGCAGGAAACGCAAGAGACCGCUGGUCAGUCUUCGUCAACAAAUUCGACUUCGGCAAUGAAAUUAGUUUCCGUUUGUAAUCGUCAACCGCGCAUCGUUGGUCGUUGUCCUGACAGUCUCGUGAUGCGUCUCGCCUUAUGUGAAAUAGUUCAAUAUACAAAUUUCUCCAUUCGUGUCAAACGCACAGGUCGCCUUUAUACAAACCGUGAAUAUCGUUACGAUGAAUAUCGACCCGAUUUGUAUGUUGUCGUUUGUAAACACCAAGCACAAAACGGAACAACGACGAGUAAAAAACUUGGCUUCUUUGAUAAAGCUCCUGGAAUACUUUCAUCUGUGGCGACAUUCCUUUCCAUAUGUGCAUUAGCCAUCACUCUAUUUACAUUCAUUCUCUUCUCUUCGCUACGUAAUUUGCCGGGAUGUAAUACCAUGAAUUUAAUUAUCGCACUGAUGGUUGCUGAAGCGUUGUUUUUGUGCCAAAGUCUGAUGAUUGUGACGAAGCCAAGUGUUUGUCUGUUGUUUGCAUUAGGCAUACAUUUCUUCUAUCUAGCGAGUUUCUUUUGGAUGAAUGUCAUGGCUUACGAUCUAUGGAAAACGUUCCACAAAGGCUUUUCGCUUUAUGUCUAUGAAAUUCAUGAACGUUUGCCAUUCUAUGCUCUAUACGCAUGGGGUAUGCCAGUGAUUAUUGUUGUUAUUGGCAUUGUAUUAGAUGCAGCAAAUGCUAAAUUAAAACCGUGCUAUGGACGAUUCUUUCGUGGGUGUUACGAUGUAUGCUUUAGGACAAAGAAUGACACACCAUUGCAAGGUUGCUGGAUUGAAUCAGCCUUGAUGCGUUUGAUCUUAUUUGGAUGCCCAGUGGCUAUUAUUCUUCUGAUUAAUUUCGUGUUCUAUACCUUGACUGUUCGAAGCAUCCGUCGCGGUUUAAAGAAAGUUCGUGUUCAAGUCGAACGCAAAUUUCAACGUAAAAAACAAGUUGUACCUGGUGAACAUGAUGUAAAAAUUUACAUGCGAAUGGCUGUCCUAGCUGGCUUUGGUUGGACUAUUGGUUUCAUUCUAUUCAUUCUACCCGAUGGGCCGGAAGAUUUCGAACGAUAUUUGGCAGCUGUCUUCAAAUAUCUCUUUAUUCUUCUUAAUGCCACACCAGGCCUAUUCAUCUUUGGGGUCUAUGUAUGCAACCGUCGUGUCUUCUUGUUGUAUGGUCAGUUAGUACGACGGAUUUGCGAAUUUACUCGAUUAAGAUUUACUCGAUUUGAAAAAUAUCUGUUGAGUCGCAGUCAAAGUUGGUACAGUAAAACUAAAGUCAAAUUACAAACGCUUAACGCUAGUGAGUAUAAGGAAAAACAAGAAGAAGUAUUCAUGUCUACAUUGCCAACUAACUCAAAUGGCACACCAGUGAAAUUAAUCAAGAAAACUGUCUUAACACAAUUACUGUCAGAGCAGCAGAAACAAUCAGCCGACAAAAUGAGCACAAUUUAUCAGGCAACAAAUUCGACAUCCCUCACAAGUUCACAAGAGUAA